AUGCCAUUUACCGAUAGAGAACUCCAGGUGUUGGCCAUCACUGAGAGGGUGAGCUCGGCAAUCUCUUUCGUGGGCUGCAUGUUCGUUGUCCUCACUUUCAUGGCCAGUUGCCGCUUCAGGACACCCGUCAACCGGCUGAUUUUCUUCGCUACCUGGGGCAACAUACUUGGUAUCUGCGCGACGGCAACCUCUCGCUCGGGGAUUAUUGCUGGUGAGAAUACCGCUCUAUGUCAGUGGCAGGCGGUCUUCAUUCAAUGCACCGCAGAGCUAAGGAAGAUAGAAUGGAAAUACAUUUGCAUCUGUUACGUACUUCCAUCUAUACCUGCCCUUACCUUUCUCUUUAUCAAAAAUAACGAGAGAGGGAAGGUAUACGGCGGAGCAACUCUUUGGUGUUGGAUCAGGCCGCAGUGGUCGAUUCUCCGCGUUGCAGGCGUCUACGGCCCCAUCUGGUCCAUAAUAGCGGUUACUCUCGGCAUCUACAUAUACAGCGCUAAGUUUAUCCUCGCCAGCCGAAGAGAUAUCAAACGCCUACGCAAUAUCAGUCUUACCUUGACUUCGACAGUCGACUCGACUCUCCCCGUUGCGACUGAUGUUUCUAGCUAUAUGGACCAUGAUACCCAUCCAGGGCUACAGCAGCAUAUCCAGCAAGAUCCCCAACAGAGGGAGCAGCAGGCACAUCAUUUGGAUAACUGGGCAGGACCAGAACUCCGACAGGAAUAUCUCGGCGACGACAUAGAGCCAGCCUAUUUCCCACCAUCCACGCCCAGACAUACGACACAUGGGCCGGAAGCUGAGGGGGUGGAAGACACGAUUGACGUUGAACAUGCAGCAGGGCACGAUAGCUUCCAGAUAAGAUCAAACAGAAGACGUUCUUUGCCCGGGGAGGGAUAUCGUAUGCACAAGUCAUCUUGGGAACGGCAGAGCGCGACCUGGGCGUAUUCAAAAUUUGCUAUUCUGUUCUUUUGCUCCUUACUUAUCACUUGGGUACCGGCAUCAAUUAAUCGCGUCUACUCAUUCGCGCACCCAGAAGAACCAAAUCGUGUGUUAACCUAUUUAGCAUCACUUGUCCUUCCCCUACAGGGGUUUUGGAAUACCCUAGUUUACACUGCUGUAUCAUCUUCAGUAAUCGCUUCGUACAUUAAAUCCUUUCGAGAAAAUCCACGACUUCUCUACCAAUGCUUUGACUUUGGCCGGCUUUAUGGCUUUAUUUCACGGCAUUUCCGACCACAGGCAUGA